AUGGCUACCGAGUUGACCGUCCAGUCGGAACGUGCGUUCCAGAAGCAGCCUCACAUCUUCCUCAACUCCAAGACCAAGGCGAAGAGCAAGAAGGUCGGCCAGACCCGGAGAUGGUACAAGGAUGUCGGUCUGGGAUUCCGUACUCCCAAGACUGCCAUUGAGGGCAGCUACAUCGACAAGAAGUGCCCCUUCACCGGUAUGGUCUCCAUCCGUGGUCGUAUCCUGACCGGCCGUGUCGUCUCUACCAAGAUGCACCGUACCAUCAUCAUCCGCCGUGAAUACCUCCACUACGUCCCCAAGUACAACCGUUACGAGAAGAGACACAAGAACCUUGCCGCUCACGUCUCUCCCGCUUUCCGUGUUGAGGAGGGUGACUGGGUCACCGUCGGCCAGUGCCGUCCUCUGAGCAAGACUGUCCGCUUCAACGUCCUGCGUGUCCUGCCCCGUACCGGCAAGGCCGUCAAGUCGUUCAACAAGUUCUAA